AUGGUUUCUAGAAUUGGAUCCGAAUUGUCUGUGUUAAUUCCAAAUUUGGAUGUAGCGAUCAAAAUGAAUCAAUAUGUGAAAGCAGUGGAUCGAGUGGUGGUGAUUUUCGUGUUGUACAUUGAAAUGCUUAUUUUGUCUCAUAUUUGUAGAAUUUUUUUGGACACCACCAAAGCUAUUAACAAAAUUUCCUUAAUUGUCUACAAGAGAUAUCAGAGAUUUCUCAUGAUCAUACUUGUCAUUAUUGCAGCAGUGUUUUUCCUUGUGACAGCUUUUGUUUUUAUUUUUGCAGGAAUUUCUUCGUCGAAUAUCAUUCAAGAUACGAGUACACUCAAUUAUGUGUUAUUGGCAUUACUAGUGUGUGGAGGUCUUGCAUUUUUGUCUGCUGCCAUAUUGAUUACUGCCUUAUUGAAUAUUAUUGGAAAAAUCCUACUCUCUUCCAUGAGCAGUGAAUUGAAAACUGCUGUCACACAAGGCUCUCAUCUCAUCAAAAAGAAUGCACUCUCUAGAGCCAUCACUCUUCAAAUAGGAUUAAGCAUUUCCUUACUCUGUCAAGCAUUGGGAUUUAUUUGUAUUCCUCUCACCAUCCUCUGGAAAUUCAACAUGAUCAUCUUUCAUCACGUGUACAACCUUGCCUUAUGUAUUUUCAUUGUUUUUAUUUUGUCCAUUUUCAGUCCAUUGAAACAAAUUCAACAAAAAUUCAAACCUUUAGGAAGUAGUAGUCAAGGACAAAGACGACGAAGAACCACAUUGGCCAAAGUCAUGGAACGAGUAUCGGUCGUGACUGAUUCGAGUGUGGAUUAUUAUUAUGAAUACAGUGAUGUGCCAGAUGCUGUAGAGGAUGAGGAAGACUACAAUUCAGAAGAAGAAGAUAUUGAGAACAAUGGUAGUGAAGGUAUGAAUCGAACAUCCUCUUCCAUGCCUUACUCGUCUUCUUUGAAUUUGAGAAUUGACCAAGUCAGGUGA